AUGAGAGGAAUUCUGUACUCGUGGAUGAGUCAGGCUUCAAAAAUCAUAUUUACGUCUGAUGAAGUUAGCUUUGUCCAAAACCUGGUCUUCUAUAUCGAGAGAGCCUAUCGCACUCCAGAUUUUGGCAUGUGGGAAUGCGGCACGCGAUAUAACGAUGGAACCUUGUUUAGUUCCAUUGGAAUGGUCAAAGCGGCUCUUGAAGCUAUCAACGGCUUUAAUCUAUAUGGCUCCAAAGGCACGGUCGGCAGCGUGAUAUACGUCGAUAUCGACGCCCACAACCGCAAUCGGACCACUUUUGAAACACUGCUGCCAAGGGAAUCUAAUUCAAAGAACGUGGACGCGUCUUUGAUCCCAACAGUUUUGUACCCAUGUUUCGCUACUCACGAUGAGAAUUUAUGCAAACGCACAAUGGAAAAAUGUAUGCGGAAGCUGAAGGGCAAAUACGGCUUUAAAAGGUUUCAGAUUUAUUUACUUUACCGAGGGUUUCUGCGGGAUGGUCGCUUUACCGUGCUUGAAGAUGAAAAGAGUCGUCUCUAUCAGCAUGGCGAAACAAAGCUUUUCGAUGGCGUGGAAUGUCAGUGGCCGAUGUUUUUUAUUUACCUCAUUAUCGACGGCAUAUUUGCUGGAAACGCUGAUCAGGUCCGUAUAUACUCUGAACUGUUAGAGCCCCUGCUGGUUGUGCGCGAUGAUCAGACGAUCGUUCCUCAGUAUUACUUUCUCCCUGAGGAGUACAUAUUUCAUGAACGCUGUCAACCUUCCUCGCAGCCAAUGCUUCCAAGUACUAUGGUCAGUGAAGGAUUGUUCCUCUGGGGACAGUCGUUGUACAUAAUCUGCUGCCUACUUCGUAAUUGUUUUGCAACGUAUUUUUAUCUAUAUAAGCACAUUUUUUGACA